AUGGCUCUCACUCGUUUUUUCAUGUCUUCAACCUCUAUCCUUCUUUUGUCACUGCUAGUUAUUGCCUCCGCUACCGAUUAUGGAUAUGCUCCAAAACCGGACUACGGUCAACCAAAACCCCAAGAUCAUAAACCUCUCCCCACAGAACAACUAGACUAUGGGAAACCAAAACCCCAAGGAAAUGAUAAGCCUAGAGCCGUGGCAAGGAUAACAUGUAAAGCUGUUGACGAGAAAGGGUACGAGGCAAUUCCUUUCUCCAUAUUGAGUGAUGAAUGCGAUGCGAAGGGCUACUUCCUUGCUCCAUUAUCUUCUUCGUUUCUUAAGGAAAGCAGGAAUAUAAAAGAAUGCAAGGCAUUACUAGAGCAUUCUCCACUAGAAACUUGUAAAGUUCCUAUUGAUGUGAACCAUGGUAGUACUGGUGCUGCCCUUUCUUCUUUCCGCAUUCUCAGCAACAAACAAAUGAAGUUAUUCUCUGUUGGCCUUUUCUUCUACACCUCAGAACCUCGUGAGUCGUCUCCACAGCUCCCUCAAACCGGUUUUUAUUAG